GUGUGAUCGUGUGUGUGGUGGCGGCGGCUCAUGUGUCGGUCCUUCCCGGCUCCAUUGUCUGCCGCCGCCGCCCGCUCGCCCGCCCGCCCCCGGGCCAGGGCCGGCCCCCAAAGGGCAGAAAUUUUAUGAAUAAGCAUCAGAAGCCAGUGUUAACAGGGCAGAGGUUCAAGACACGGAAAAGGGAUGAAAAAGAGAAAUUCGAACCCACAGUCUUCAGGGAUUCACUCGUCCAGGGUCUCAAUGAUGCCGGAGGUGACCUUGAGGCUGUAGCCAAGUUUCUGGACUCCACUGGCUCGCGAUUAGACUAUCGUCGCUAUGCUGACACUCUCUUUGAUGUCCUGGUAGCCGGCAGUAUGCUUGCCCCCGGAGGGACUCGGAUAGAUGACGGAGAUAAGACCAAGAUGACCAAGCACUGUGUGUUUUCUGCCGCCGAAGAUCACGACGCCAUCCGGAAUUAUGCUCAGGUCUUCAAUAAGCUCAUCAGACGAUAUAAAUAUUUGGAAAAAGCUUUUGAAGAUGAGAUCAAAAAGCUCCUCCUCUUCCUUAAAGCCUUUUCCGAAGCUGAGCAGACCAAGUUGGCAAUGCUCACUGGGAUCCUGCUAGCCAAUGGGACACUCCCGGCCACCAUCUUGACCAGCCUGUUUACCGACAACAUCGUUAAAGAAGGAAUUGCAGUAUCUUUUGCUGUGAAGCUUUUUAAAGCAUGGAUGGCAGAGAAAGACGCUAAUUCGGUUACCUCCUCUUUGAGAAAAGCCAACUUGGACAAGAGGUUACUGGAACUGUUUCCAGCCAACAGGCAGAACGUGGACCACUUUGCUAAAUACUUCACUGACGCGGGGCUGAAAGAGCUCUCCGAUUUUCUCAGAGUCCAGCAGUCACUCGGGACUCGGAAGGAACUUCAGAAAGAACUGCAGGAGCGUCUCUCACAGGAAUGCCCGAUCAAAGAGGUGGUACUCUAUGUCAAAGAGGAGAUGAAGAGAAAUGACCUGGCAGAGACUGCCGUGAUUGGGCUCCUGUGGGCUUGUAUAAUGAAUGCUGUUGAAUGGAACAAGAAGGAAGAGCUGGUGGCAGAACAGGCACUCAAGCAUCUGAAGCAUUAUGCACCUCUGCUGGCUGUGUUCAGUUCUCAAGGUCAGUCAGAGCUUAUCCUCCUCCAGAAAGUUCAAGAGUACUGCUAUGACAACAUCCAUUUCAUGAAAGCUUUCCAGAAGAUUGUGGUGCUCUUCUACAAAGCUGAUGUCCUGAGCGAAGAAGCCAUCCUGAAGUGGUACAAGGAAGCACACCUCGGGAAAGGGAAAAGUGUCUUCCUUGACCAGAUGAAGAAAUUCGUCGAGUGGCUGCAAAACGCCGAAGAAGAGUCCGAAUCGGAAGGAGAGGAGAAUUAGAUGCUUCAGCAGGCUUUCUCAGCAUCCUCGUCUGGAAGCGGAGCCUUUGGGGCCGGAGAAGCUAGCCUUCCCUGUCACGCAGACGACUCUAGGGUAGACAACCCAUUGUGUAGGAGAAAAUGGUUAAUCCACAGCCUACCUGGAGCAUCAGGCCCUCUGGCUUGGGACUCCACCGGUAACUCAAAGCCAUCCAACAAAGAGCCCAGUAGGAGAGAACGAAUGGCAGAUAUUCCCGGGACUCCUUUUUAUUAGCAGUGGUCUUUUCAGGUAGUUCGUGAACUCCCACAAACAACGCCUGUUGGUAAUUGUGUAUUUGCUUGUGAAUGUGAUUGGAUGACACCACUUUUUAAAUUUUAAAUAUUAUGAUGAUGAUGAAAUAAAUAGCUUUUUGUAUUUGA